GUGAGUCGUUAUUUUCGGAGCGAGAAUUUGUUCUUUUUGCGUGGCGACUAUGAGUUUUACGACUUGUUCAUUUCACAUGAUCUUCACGUGGCUCUCUUCCUCCCGACAGUGGCCGCUGACGGUACUUUGCGCGUGGACUGGAGCGCGGCGAGCUCCCUGUCCGACCUCGCACUUUUGGGAAACACGCGGACCAGCUUGGUGCGAAGACUGAUUCUGACAGCACCUCUGGGCGCUCUGGACUUCAGCCAGGUGAAUGUUGACGACACCAUUGAAAUGUUACCAAAAUCAAGAAGAGCUCUGACCAUUCAAGAGAUCGCUGCGUUAGCGCGGUCCUCCCUGCAUGGUAUCUCCCAGGUAAUGAAGGAUCAUGUGACAAAGCCUACAGCCAUGGCUCAGGGCCGAGUCGCCCACCUGAUCGAGUGGAAAGGGUGGUCUAGACCCAUCGACACCCCCGCUCCAGCGUCAGAUCUAAACAGAUCCUACUCUGCCCUCACAGAGGGAGAGCAGGAGGCACGCUUUGCAGCCGGUGUGGCAGAGCAGUUUGCCAUAGCAGAGGCGAAGCUGAGAGCCUGGUCCUCUGUGGACGGAGACGAGUCCAACGACGACUCGUACGACGAGGACUUCUUGCCUAACAACGAGCCCAGCACACAGAGCACAGACCUGUCCUCGUAUCCUCCCUACCUGAAGGACCUGAUCCACAACCAGCUUUGCCAGCACCUGAGUCUGAGAGGAGGAGGAGGAGGAGGAGGAGGGGAGGAGGAGGAGGAGGAGGAGGAGGAGGAUGGAGGAGGAGGAGGAGGAGGAGGAGGAGGAGGAGGAGACCCCUCCCCCACCGCUGGCUCCCCAGACACCCUGUGCUCCAGCAUUCUGCAGUUCUGGCACGACCAUCUUCCUCUUCUGAGAGACCUGAAUGGCGGCCAUCGAGGAAUACUACAGCAGCGCCGCCGAGCUCGCCGCCCACAAAUCCUGUCCGCGCUGCAGGGGGGGGAGGAGCUUCUGCUGGCACGCCUCCAGAGAGCAGGAAAUGGAGGAGGAGGAGGAGAGAGGAGGAAUAGGCCAUGUGGAGGUCAGGGUUCUCCGUGUUACUCCAUGUCUACUCCGAGACGUACCUUCCACCGGGGAGGACGACGACGACGGACCACCACCUGCAAGGACUAUGAAAACACCGGGUGCCAGGUGGAGGGGGAGGGAAAUGGAGGAGAGGAAGAGGAGGUAUUCCCCCCAGAAUAUGUGCCGCGCAGGAGGGUCUCUGACGUGGCGUCCUCCGGGGGUGGUGGUCUCUGGACGAGGGAGGAGGAGUUGGAGGAGGAAGAGGAGAGAGCAGGAGACGAGCAGUGCACUCCUUUCUCCCCCUCUUCAGAAGAAUGUGUUGUUUUGUUGCCCCCCUUCUCCAUCACAGUCUAGUUGCCAGCAGUGUUGAUCAACCCCAAAGGGUUAUGAUGGAAAUGUAGAGUGCGGGUCCCCAGCACGUAGAACCUGCCGGAUGUUAACUUGCAUUGUUGAGCGAUUUACACGAUUAGCAUGAGUUGCAAGUUGAUGCAAUAAUAAGCGUUUUGCACCACAUUAGUUUUCAAAUAGUUUUUUUUUUGACGAUUUUGGACAAUUUAGUUGUGGUUUUGGGAGUUAUUGAGGAUGUUUGAAUCCAUUUCUGGCAUUUUCAGGAUAACAAAUGGCAGUCUGAAACCAGAAAGAGGCCAUAUCUGUUCUCCAGAUGGGUCGAUUUUUAAAGCUUUAGGGAAUUCAAAACUGCCAUUAAAGAUCUUAAAAAUGUCACAAUAGAUGUUUAGCUAUUUUCUGCUUAUUAAUGCUACUUAACGCAACUUAUAAAAUGUCCAACAUAUGUUAGCAUCCGGCACUUUCUCUGUGCUUUAGGGCUGCAACAAACGACUCAUUUGAUAAUCGAUUAAUGAAACGAUUAAUCGACUAUUCGGACUAUUACUGUAUGCCUUGCACAAUUUCUCAAACGCUCUUAUUUAGCCAUCAACUUUUAGAUGUAGCUUGAGGUUGUUUUAGGCAUGUGGAAACUAACAAUGAAGACAAUAAAGAUGAAUACUUGAUUCAAAAUACAUGACAUAUAUUUUUUAAAUGUCUCCAGUACCGAUAAAAAGACCAAUAACGUUGGAGCUUAACGGCGCGUAAAACACAGGGUUAUGACGUCACCAACGAAUCGACGACUGAAUUAGUAACUAAUUUGGUCAUCGAUUUUAAUAGUCGAUCAGUUUGUUGCACCCCUACUGUGCUUCAAACCCGUACUAAACAUUUCUAAACCUAACACUUUGGGUUACUCAACAUUUCCAGGAUCACAAAAGGACUCUAUGUGACCUAGGCAACUAGACUAUUUCGGCAUCUGAAACGUUUGAAGCGCCUCGCAUGCUGUCCCCCCCCUUUUCCUCUGACUGAAGCAUCCGUCUUUGCCUUACUUGCAGCAUUUCAAACUCCUCCUCCUCCUCCCCGCCCUCGCUUUGUCCCCAUUCGAUUGUACCGACUCCUAUUUUCUUUAAAGGCGUCCAAACAAUCUUUUUUUAUCAGUGUGAGAACAGGAGUGCUGGACUUCAGAAAGACUCCGUCCCUUCCUGUGAAGCGACUCUUUAAAGAAACGGACGCCGCCACAGGCCGACAGAACGACAGAGUCCCAAAACUCUGACUUAUAUUUGCAUGUGUUUUGCAAGUGCUAAAACCGAUGGGGCUGACCUGGUCUUGAGCCCGGUUUGCAGUCCUCAGCUGUUCUGUACCCCCCCCCUCCCCCUCCCCUUUCUCCCCAGUAUCCCUCUGGAGGGGAGCGUUGAACCUGCAUCCCGGGAUUUCCUCCCUCUCCUCCCCUCCCCCCUUUUCUCCUUUGCAAGAGACAAAAUAGCAUCCUUUCGGGCAUGGCUUGCUAAGUAUGCCAAACUAUUUAACCCUGUCACUACCAAUUAUGAGCAAAUGCUGGAAUGUCUACAAAGUGACAGGGCAUAGUAUGUAUUUUAAAAUAACAAAAGUUUAAAAAGAAAAGAUUUGUCACAAAUGAUAUAACAGAAAUGAUAUGCUUUUAUUGUACUAGUUUUCUAUCACUCUGACAUGUUGUUGUUCACGUUAUUCCAGACAUCAUUACGAUGGACUUCUGCCGACUAUAGCUUCUGGAUAUCUUUGGGGGUUUCCGUGGAUUCCUUAAAUGGGAUAGUUUGGUUGUCUUGAAACAAACCCUGACAGAUUGAUCCUGAAGUGUAAGGGAUGUUUGGCAGGAAGUGGCCGCAGUGGAAGAGACAGGAAGUCGUCUCUCUGCAGAGAUGCAUCGGAGAUUUUUCUAUAUUUUUGUAUGCGUUGUCUUGCUUUGAUCUCUUUGCCUACGCGGCGUGCCAGUGUAUGUGGUUUUUUGCACGAAGCUAAUGUGGCCGUAGAUUAUUCUCCUUUUCUUCGUUAUCACUGUGUGAUAUAGUUUACUGGGAAAAAAAAUAACAAAUGUGAAUUUAAUUUUUUAUUUCAAAAGAGGAUACUGUGAUUUUGUUAUUGCAUUCUGUCAUGGUCCUCCUGACGAGUGUUCUGGUUGUCUUUUCCUCUCACACCCUGGAAGCUUUGCCUUUGAUUCUAUACUUUCCUUUCUUUUUCAUGAUAUUUGCAAAAUGGCACGACAUUGAUUUGUGACAUAUUCAUCUCCGGAGAUAUGAGGAGCGACGUCGAGGGAAAUGUCAUUCAUACAACUCAGGAAAUCCCAUUUGGACCAGAGCAUCGAUGCAUCCCGCCCGCACAUAUAACACCAAUCAUCUGUCAUUCUCUGUGUGUGUGUGUGUGUGUGUGUGUGUGUGUGUGUGUGUGUGUGUGUGUGUGUGUGUGUGUGUUGUGUGUGUGUGUGUGCAUUUUUUGUAGAAAAAGCAUGGUAUUUUCUACAAAUAAUUAAAGCACAGAUUCAUUCCCCGAAUCCUUCUUUCUUGUUGAUCGACUGUUUAAAAGAAAAAGCCUCGACAUGCGACAAAAAUGUUUGACGUUUUGUUCAAAUGUGUGUGUGUGUGUGUGUGUGUAUUGUAAGAUGUCAGCGAGCUACUUGAGCUUGCAUAUCAAUUCAUAAACCCCUCCAAUGCAGCGAUCCCCUUUAAAACGUUGUUGGAAGGAUCUAACUAAUGUUGGCGGUUUUAAAAAGCAGCGAAUCUGGAGGACAUUGAGGAGGUUUUGGAAAAAGACAGCGACAACUCAGGGGGAAGCCAUAGCUGUGCCUUUCACUCAUUCGUCACCUUUGACCUCCCAAGUUGUCCAUCAUCACAUCCUCCACGCUGGCAGUCACUUCUUUCCUCCCUUUUUCAAAUUCUGUUUUUCGAGGCGCUAACUCUCCGCUGGGUGUGUUUUCCCCUCUCGCUAUAGCUGGAGGUUACAGCGGACCAUAUUUGCGUCACUGUCCUUUCGCUUGACAUUAAAAAGCCGAGCGAUGCUGCUUUGUCCUGGCGUUGUGAUGAGAGCGUGCCAUUGUUCGACCCCCACAUCCCCCUCCGUUUGCUCUGUCCACCACAGUGCAUUCGCUCUCUCUAAAUGUCCUCCAUUCUGUCCUCGAGCAGUGCGUGUGUGUGUGUGUGUGUGGCCUAGCAUUACUAUACUUGUGGGGACCUAAAUCUGUUUACACAGUCACGUGUGGGGACUCGCCUCCCUUAUGGGGACAAAUUGGAGGUCCCCAUAAGGGGAAUCAUUAAUUUUAGGGUGAAGACUUGGUUAGGGUUAGGGUUAGGGUUAGGCAUGUGUUGGUUAUGGUUACGGUUAGCAUAAGUCUCCAGGAAAUGCAUGUAAGUCAAUGUAAUGUCCCCUGAAGUGAUGUAUACAUGGUAUGUGUGUGUGUGUGUUGAGCUAUGUGUGUGUGGGAGAGAGGACGGGCACCUUGGUGUGUGUUCAUUCACACAGCUGUCUCUCACAUUGACAUAUGUGCUUCUUUGUUGAUUAUUGUUCUGAGUUGCACCAAAAUGACAUUGAAAUAUGAAACCAGCAGCAGCCUGGAA